CCUCUCUCUUGUACUACCUCCACAGACAGAGGGCCUAUCAACCAGCAGCUCCACACUAUCAGGAUAAGCGUGUGGGGAGAAGCGGCUAUGUUAGUGACAGCCACAAAGCGAAUGUGAUGCAGAGUAUGUUGGGUAUUCCCAACAUAAUUUUGCUGUCACUGCUUCAUCCGGGAUCAUUUUUAUUAUGUAGGUAGUCACCAAAUAAAACAGAAGCAUGAAUUUCCCAGCCGUCCCGACGGUAUUCAUCCAAGGGUUCUCAUGGAGCUACACUCUGAACUAGCAAGACCUCUAUUGUUAAUCUACAAUGAUUCACUUACAUCAGGCAUGGUUCCCCAAGACUGGCGUAUAGCGGAAGUAGUUCCGAUUUUCAAAAAGGGAAGUAAAGCUGAACCAGGCUACCAGUCUGACCCACUGAGAUCUCCAGAAAUGUUUAAACUCAAAGCAGAUGUUUUGAGAUUCAAAGAAGUGGAAAAUCAGCUAAAAGAAGUCCUUGGAACAUCAGUCCUUAGUCCGAUUGGGCCUGCUCACGGAGGGUGUAUCAGCCAAGCCCAGAAUUACAACACGGAUCAAGGCCAUGUGUUUGUGAAGAUCAACCAAGGCACACAGGCAAAAACCAUGUUUAAUGGGGAAGUGGCAAGUUUGGCAGCCAUCAGGAAAACCUGUACUGUGAAUGUGCCUGAACCUAUCAUGGUUUCUGAACUGCCAACAGGGGGAGCUCUUCUAAUCAUGAAACACAUUGAGAUGAGACACAUAGGCAAGUUUGCUGGGAAACUAGGGGAGCAGUUGGCAGAUUUGCAUCUAGACAAUUGGAUGAGGAAGAGGACAAUGCAGAAACACAGUGGGACCAUUGGGAAAUGUCCAGGUGAUCUCCGACCAGUGGACAUGUUUGGGUUUCACACUACCACAUGUUGUGGAUAUAUCCCACAGAUUAAUGAAUGGCAGAAGGAUUGGGGAAUGUUUUUUGUAACUCAACGUCUACAACCACAAUUCAGUUUAAUUGAGAAAGACUAUGCUGACCGGAUACUUCUAGAACUCUGGUCUGAGCUGCAGAUGAAAAUUCAGAAUGCUUUUAAAGGCACUGUGAUUGUGCCAUCUCUACUGCAUGGGGAUCUGUGGGAAGCGAAUGUUGCGGAGGAUGAGCAAGGACCUGUUGUCUUUGAUCCAGGGUCUUUUUACGGCCAUUCGGAGUAUGACUUGUCCAUUGACGAGAUGUUUGGGAUUCACAGCCAAGACUUUUUUACAGCCUAUCACAGGAAAAUUCCCAGAGAGUUUGGUUUUGAAGUUCGACAUCAGUUAUACCAGCUAUUCCACUCUUUAAAUAACUGGAACCACUUUGGACUACUGUUCAGAGAAGGCUCCUUAAACCUGAUGAGAUGCCUCCUCCAGAUCUUGUGAAGACAAAAUACAUAGAACAUAUUAGUUCAUGAUUGUGGGGGUCAUUUAAAAAGAGCAAGUAUUACAUGGCACAUCAUACUUACAUAUGUACAAAUAUAAGUUAUUGAGCUCAGUCAUCUAAAUAUGCACAAAAACUUUACUUUUACAACAUAUUAAGCCCUGUCAUGCCUCAUCUGUGUAUCCAAUAUACAUGCUCAUUUCAGUUUUGAGGGUGGAACUACAUACCGCAUAUACUGUAUAUUAAUGAAAAUUAUGUAUUCGUGAAAAUGUAAUAACGCAACAUAGCCUACCAAAUCAUUUUUCCGUACACAGUCUUCUAUUAUAUAUUUUUUUUUUUCCUUUUAAUUUACUGCUUGUUUGAUCCCCAUGUUUGUUUGUUUGU